AUGAAGAACGACAGGUUAGCGCGGAUAGAACAGGACGCCGAGUCGUCAUUCCCGUACCUAGCCUCAGACGAAAAGUCGUCCACGCUCCGCUCGGUGGAGCCGGUAUCGAUAAAGCAGCAAUUGCCAGUGAAAGAAACGCCCAAAUGGGUCCAUUUCAUCGCUGGAGGCGUGGGUGGCAUGGUGGGCGCCAUCGUGACCUGUCCCUUGGAUGUGGUGAAAACCAGACUCCAAUCGGACGUCUACCACACCCUCUACAACAAAACUCCCAAGUCUUCAAACCCAGUGAUACAGACAGGCCAGCACUUGAAGGAGACACUCAGUGUGAUCAAGGAGCUCUACGUGACGGAGGGAUCGCGUGCGUUAUUCAAGGGCUUGGGCCCCAACUUGGUGGGUGUGAUUCCUGCCAGAUCCAUCAACUUCUUCACCUACGGCGCUUCCAAAGAGGUGCUAUCCUCCAACUUCACCAACGGCCAGGAGGCCACCUGGGUGCACUUGGUUUCAGGUAUCAAUGCCGGGUUUGUGACCUCCACCGCCACCAACCCCAUCUGGUUGAUCAAAACACGGUUGCAGUUGGACAAGACCAAGGGCAAGCACUAUAAGAACUCGUGGGACUGCCUUAAAUACGUGAUAAAAAACGAGGGCUUCACCAGCUUGUACAAGGGGUUGAGUGCCUCGUACUUGGGGGGUGUGGAGUCCACUUUGCAAUGGGUGUUGUAUGAGCAGAUGAGAAUGUUCAUCAACAAGCGGUCCUUGGAGCUCCACGGUGCCCACGGAAAAAACAAGACUACCAAGGACUACAUAUUCGAGUGGGGAGCACGCUCUGGUGCUGCUGGUGCUGCAAAGUUCAUUGCAUCCUUGAUCACCUAUCCCCACGAAGUCGUUCGUACCCGGUUGAGACAGGCACCUUUGGAGGCCACUGGCAAGCCCAAAUACACUGGGUUGAUCCAGUGCUUCAGGUUGGUGAUAAAGGAAGAAGGGUUGGCCAGCAUGUACGGAGGAUUGACUCCCCACAUGUUGAGAACCGUGCCCAAUUCCAUCAUCAUGUUUGGAACCUGGGAACUUGUAGUUAGAUUAUUGUCUUAG